CAAGCUGGAGGUUUUAUACUAGUCAUGACAAGAUCCAAUUAUCCCGUAAAAAGCCAUCUGUUAAAAUAGAGGCUUCAAAGUGACUUUCUUCUGACUUUGGAUCAACCUAUCAUCCAUCAAGUGCUAUGGGCUCCAAAACUCAAUUGAGUAAGCUUUAAUUUGAUCAUAUUCAGGUCCAAAAUAACGAUGGUGAAUUUGAGUAAUAUUCAAAAAACACACAGGAAGAAAAGGAUUAAAAGAAAUUUGAGAAAUAAAAGAAAUACUGUAGCAAAUUCAGUAACUAAGGACAUCUCUCCAAUUGUUUCAAAGAACGUUUCAAAGUUUUUGAAGAUUUCACCUUGUAAAAUCAACCAUGUGGAUAGUGAGAGCUCUCUAAUGAGACAAGAAAGUGAGCAGUUUUCUAGCAAGAAAUUGAUACCUAGCCCUAAUUUUUCAAGAAUCCUGACCAACCUUCCUCCAGUCAUUUACUAUCAAAAGGAUAGAAAAGGAAGAUAUCAAGCUGUAAAUGCAUUACUAGGAAUUAGGGAUCGUAGAGUUUCAAAUUAUAAACGUCAAAAUGUGCGCUUUCCAGUGCAGCUCACAAGGAAAAUAAAUCCUGAAUCAUUGAAAUCUCUAAGAACUGAAAAUGUUCAGCCAGAGGAACCUAAGCCAAAGUCUGAUAGACUCCAAGAGCUGAAGGAAGAGUUAAAAAUGUUGAAUAAAAUCCUGAAUAUCAGUCGUAAAUAAAAGAAGAUCUGAGAUUCAGACUGAUGAUGCACUCACUGAUUCUGUCAAGAAGAUAAAUCAGUCUCUUGAAGAUGAACUCGUAAAAAAUAUUCAAAAGGUUGAUUUUAGUGAGAUUAUGGACUAUGACAGUGAUACAAUCAAGAAAGACUGUAAAAAUGCUAUAAAUGUGCACAAGAAAACAAUUUCCAAGUGAAACAAGGCAUGCUUGCUUUAACCA